CUUAAACAAAGCCCUAGCAUGAACCAAAGAGGCGAUCGUAAAACCCUAGGCUAUUAUCUUCAAUUUCAGGAAUUCUAAAAGCUACUUUUGGUGUUACUCAUGGCUACCGAAUCAUCAACAGUGGCUACCGAAUCAUCAACAGUGGCUAGCGGAUCAUCAACAGUGGCUAGCGGAUCAUCAACAGUGGCUAGUGGAUCAUUAACAGAUUUGAGUAAGGGGAGCUUCAUGCGCUAUUUGUUAAAGCAAUUGCCUACCAUAAUCUUCUUGCAGUAUGCGUUCUCUGCUUAUCGUGGAAAAUCAUUCGACUGGCUGUGUGUUGUACUUCACCUUAUGCUUGACGCCUUCCUUUUCCAAACGGAGGAGUAUCGAAGCAACGUGCAAAAUCUAUGAAAGUGUCCUUUAAGAAGUUUGUAUGCCGAAAGAAGUCUCACAAUGCUUGAAACUAGAGGUGCGUGCUCUCUUAGUAUUAUGAUGGAGGAAUCUUAUGGAUAAAAGACUUAAUGUUUUUGACAUAUUAUUAACCUAGAACAUGUUUACCAAUUUUAGUCCUGUCACAAUAAGAGGCAUCAUGGUUUAUUUUUAGUUGGUUUCCAUUAGGUAGUGACCAUUUAGGGAUACUGACAGGACGUGUCCCUGUUAACACUGUUAUUGUCAUUAAGAAAAGUAGUAAUGACUUGUGUGGUAUUUUGGGGGUAGUGCCAUCUUACUGUUAGAAUCUGGCAAUCGUCUGAUACUUGUAUUGGGCACUGUUGUACAUUGCACAAUCUCAGUAACCAAGGGUUCAACAGGAUUAUGCAUCAGUAAUCAUUAGGAAAACUGACAACAACACCGUUAUAUAUACCUUAAGGCAUUGUUGUCAGUUUGCUGACUGCUUCCUGAUUCAAAUACAAUGAAGACUGGACUAUACUGUAUGUUCCUCGGAAAAGCUGAGUCAAUAUGCACAUGUUGUAAUCACCGGUGGCUUGGAUGGGUAAUCUGGUUCAGGUCUGCAGCUCUGUCAGUUACUGCUUGAUUUUACCCUUUUUUAGUAAUUUCAUCUCUACUUUUGUGAGUUGUAUAUUUCAAUUGCAAGCAAGAGUAUCUAAUGUACCUCUAGCUUGAGUGGGUAGUUUGGUGGCUUGUUAAUGAAACAUCCCAUUUGAAUUCUGUUUGAGGCCAUUGUACGACCACAAGUAACUGGUUUAUUCCGCAGACAAAGACUCAUUCUCGAUUUCUGGGUUUCCAUUUUUUUACAGCAUGCCAGUGUUGUCCUCAAAUGAGUGUCAUAUAAGUAAUGUUUUUACAGUGUACAAUUUUUUUUUUUGUAAAUACUCCCUCAACCUCAACAAAAUGCCAAUCACCAAUUGGUCUGGUGGUUGGCAUGGAGAUCGGAUGUAGUCUAGAGAUUCAAAAAAAGAAUCUCACAAGAUGGUUCACCGUCCAUUUGAAUUUUCAAUCCAACUCUAGUUAAAGCACGCAUCUCCUCCCUUCUUACUUAAAGAUAAGUCACAGAUUGACCGGGAAUCCCACCGGCGGGAUGAUGUAAAAUAGUUAAAAUAUUACGCAACUCCUAAAGCAGCAUAUCGAAAAUUUUGUCCUGUUUCCGUAAAGAACGAGUCUAUCGCCUUGGUUUGCAUCACCCAAAAUUUCUGAUAAGAAAGCCAUGCACGCAUACAUCUGUGAGAUUCCAGUGGACACAUGUCAAUCACCAAAGCAUGCAUCCUCACCACCUUAUAACGUCUUCUUCUCCUCCUCGAUUUUAUCUUUUCAUCCCACUAAAAGCUUCAGAUUGAAAUCUGCAUAUAUAAGUAUCGAAUCAGUAGUUGAGGUGUCGUGAUUUUAGAGAGAUAACAAUUGAGAAGGUGAAAUAUGGCGGAGGUAUCAAAGAAAGAUGCAGAUAAGCAGCAAAGGCAUAUUGAGAAAGAAUCAAAGAAGAAAGCAGAUCAACCGGCGGUUACAGUAGGAGAAAAACCUCAGCAGCAGCAACUGCAACAACAACAACAACCACAGCAUCAGAUGAAUGAAGGUGUUGCGGUUAUGGGGAGGAAUGAAGCAUUAGAAACUGUGGCGCGUCAAGCACCUGUCACGGAUGAACGGAGGGUUCGUGGUGAUUUGGAAACCUCACUUCCUAAGCCUUAUAUGGCUCGUGCUUUGGUUGCUCCGGACACAGAUCAUCCAAACGGGACAUGGGGUCACAAGCAUUACAACAUGAGUGUUAUGCAGCAGCACGUUGCUUUUUUCGAUAUGGAUGAUAAUGGUAUCAUUUACCCAUGGGAAACUUAUUCAGGACUAAGAGCAAUUGGUUUCAACGUCAUUGCUUCCUUUGUGAUGGCGAUUCUCAUUAAUGGAGCUUUGAGUUAUGCUACAUUGCCUGGUUGGUUCCCAUCACCUUUUUUCCCAAUAUACAUUCACAACAUUCACAGAUCCAAGCAUGGAAGCGACAGUGCAACUUAUGAUACUGAAGGAAGGUUUGUUCCUGCAAAUCUUGAGAACAUGUUCAGCAAAUAUGCCCGAACAGUACCUGACAAGAUGACAUUCAAGGAACUUUGGUACAUGACUGAAGGCAAUAGGAAUGCAUUCGACUUCUUCGGCUGGAUUGCAGCAAAGUUGGAGUGGGGAAUUCUCUAUGUUUUAGCACGAGAUGAGGAGGGAUUUCUGUCUAAGGAGGCAGUUCGUAGAUGUUUUGAUGGUAGCUUGUUUGAGUAUUGUGCUAAGCUCCAAACUGAAGCUCUUGGUGGCAAGACAGAUUAAGGUUUAACGUGUUUUUGAUUUGGUUGGGUUAUGUAAGUAGCUGUAGUAGUAGUGGAGUAUGUGGAAGAAGUGCAAGGAGAGUCGUUUGUCACUGUUGAAUGUUUUUAGUUUCACAAGCAUGUUAGUGCUGAAUACAAGAAAUGACUUGAAUAACUCUACAGAGAGUAGACUGUUUUUAUGCGAAAACAUCAUAUCUUUAAAUUUCUGUGUUCAACGAGGUACGGUUCUU